AUGGCACCUGAUACCGAGACAAGAAUCUUGAGCAAGUUCGGCUCCCUGGGACUGAACUCAGCUAAUAAGAUUAUUGUGGGCGUGGAUUACGGGACUACAUUUACUGGAGCAAGUUACGUCAGUUCAAGAGGAAAAGGCCUGGAUGAUAUUACAGUCAUCGAUAUCUGGCCAGGUACCUCCAGGGACACCACUGCAGUCGUGAAAGCGCCGUCCCGCAUUGCAUACCCUGAUGAUAAUCAACGCGUUAGCACCAAGCGAUGGGGAUACCAGGUGCUACCAGGCAUGACUACAUUCUCUUGGACAAAAUUGCUUCUGGAUCAAAAUGCUCCUCUCUCCAAAUACGAUGACCCGGGGCUUGAAAAGGCCUCCGACAUCGGUAUUCUCAAGUUGCCUGAGGGGAAAAGCGCAACUGAUGUUGUAAGUGAUUAUUUGUCCGAAGUCUACCACCACAUCCUCCAGAGGAUUGGUAAGCAAAUCACAGAAGACACGCUACGAACCACUCCCCUAGAGUUCUGGUUCACAGUGCCAGCUAUUUGGUCGGACCAGGCGAAGAAUGCAACACUCAAUGCAGCUCGACAAGCGGGAUUUGGCACCCGGCCAAACGACGACAUAUUCCUAAUCAGUGAGCCGGAGGCAGCAGCCAUUACUUCGUUGAAGAAGUACACCACCCCCAAUGGAAUUGGUGGAUUCGUCAAGCCUGGUGAUGGUGUGCUAGUUUGUGACUGUGGAGGCGGUACAGUGAGUUGUGCACAGGCGUCGGCAAGAGGCAAAUGCGGAUCGACCGCAGUCGACCGAAAUUUCUACCAACUCAUGUCGGACCGAUUCGGCGAUGCAUUCGACAACCUGCCAAUGAAGCGAAAGGGCCCAGGCAGCGAGCUCAUGAAUAAAUUUGAGGUCAUCAAGAAAGACUUUGGACAUUCUAACGAUCCAACAAUAUUUGAACUCCCGCUCAACAUGAAUGCACCCCAUGCGAAGCCUGAGUAUUUCGAUGAUGAAGAGCGAAUUGUUCUGUUAUCCAGUGAGGAUCUGCAGUCGGUUUUUGAACCCGUGGUUGAACAAAUCCUCUCCUUGGUACGAGAGCAAAUUCAGGAUGCCCGGAAAGCAACAGGACAUCGCAUCAACAGGAUUAUCUUGGUUGGUGGUUUCGGCGAUUCGGAGUAUCUUCGCAGGAAAUUUCGUUCAUCCUUCGAAUCUAUGGACAUUGCUGUUACCGUUCCUGAUAAACCUCAAGCGACUAUUGUCCAAGGAGCUGCUCUCCGCGGACUUGAAGGAAUCCGGUCCACGACAAAGAAGUGCCGCCGACAUUACGGCUUUCGUUGGGGUCUCCCGUUCCGAGAUGGCAUAGAUGCUGAAUCGGAAGCUUUUAUCGAUGUGUACACGGGUGAAAAGAUGGUUGGCGGAAUUAUGAAAUGGAUGAUUUGCAAGGUGAUUCACGGCAGUCUGGCUCCAUUUCUACUUUCUUUGGAGGCGUUCCUAAUAACUCUCAUCAAACAGGGCGAGAAAUAUUCAGAGAACUAUACAUGUAUGGUUCCUGUGGCCCGCACGCACUAUCAGUUCAACAGCCUGAAGCGUCAAGUAACCCUAUAUGCUUGUGACCUGACGGAUGCUCCGGAGCGGGGAAAUCCAGAUUGUUAUGUAGUUGGUGAGAUUGAGGUUAACUUUUCCAAUGCCGACUUGAACGAGUUCCCAUCAAAAUAUAUAGAUGGGUGGCGAGUAUAUCUCCUUAAGUACACGCUCAAAGUCAUCUUUGGCGCCCAGGAUGGAGUGCUGAAGUUUGAAGCUGCCAGCCAAGGGAAGACUAUUGGCCGGACGAGCAUCAAUUUCAACACGAUUAAAUAUUAUUGA